AUGGAACCCCCACCACAAGAUACCGCAACCCUCAUCCAGGCCCUUCAAUCCAUCACCACCACAACCUACCAAAACGACCCCAUCGCCAAAUCCAAUCUCCUCCGCGCAGUAAAGGCUCUGACCGAACGCCUCGAGGAUCCUUGGGAGCGAAUCUACGAUGCAGUCUUCAUAAAUCCGAUCCUCCUCACAACUCUCAAGAUCGCCACCGAUAUUACGCUCUGGUAUCAUCUAGACGCUUCUGCACCCCAAUCAUACGAUGUCCUCGCCUCCAAAACUUCCACAGACCCGGCCCUCCUGCGCCGGAUCCUCCGCCUUCUCGCCUCAUCUCAAGUCAUCAACGAGGUAGACGUCGAGACGUACUGUCACAGCACCUACAGCGCUGCGCUCGAGGAUCCGCGAGGACUCGUCACUGGGGUUCAGUAUUACUACCACACUCCCGUUCUGCAGCAUCUCAGACUCCCGAAAUACUUCGCGGAACAGGGCUACAAGCACCCCACGGACCCCAUGACAGCGCCCUGGAAGAGCAUGGUCGGCCGUCCCGACUACCCGGGCCUACGAUGGCAAUACCUCUCCGAGAUCGACCCAGAAGAAAGCCUCCAUUUCAACACCUUCCUAGCCUCAAUGCGGAAGGACCAGGUCCCAUGGCCUACUCUCUACCCCAUCUCCGACCUCAUCGAGAACUACGAUCCAGCUACCCCCUUCCUCGUCGACAUCGGCGGCGGCAACGGUCGAGACGCAACGCAACUGGCACAACACCUCUCAACCCACUACCCCUCCCUCUCCACAGCAUCCAUAAUCCUCCAAGAUCAACCCAACGUCCUCACCUCCCUCCCCAAAGACACCCUGCCCCCAUCAAUCCAGCCCCAACCCCACGACUUCUUCACCCCGAACCCCGUCAGGGGAGCGCGUGCAUACUUCCUACACUCAGUUCUGCACGACUGGCCCGACGAUUCCGCUCUGUCCAUUCUCGCCAACAUCAAGUGCUCCAUGACGGAAGGCUACAGUAAGAUUCUGCUGAUGGAACGGAUCAUGCCCGCUCGGGCCCGGGAUAUGGAUCCGCGCGCGGCGGUGUUGGAUAUUCAGAUGAUGUGUAACUUCGCCGCGUUGGAGCGGACGGAGGCGCAGUGGAGGGAUUUGGUUGUGAGGGCUGGGUUGAGAGUUGUGAGGGUUGUGGGGAUGGGGACGUAUAGUAUGAUUGAGGCGGAGCUGUAG